AUGAAAUGGCAUAGGGUGCUUCACAGAACUCUUGUGAGUGGUGCUAAAUGCUUCAAUAAACCAGAGAAAGACGCUGGGUACUUGUCUCGCCGUUUGGCGCAGCUGAAAGAGGAGAACUGUGUGGAUCAAGCGGAUCCCUUGAGUAAGUUAAUUAGAAAUGAGCAAUUGGAUGUAUUGCAUGAGGAAUUGAGAAAAAAGACUUUUGAACAUCAGUAUCGUAGAGAGAUUGAGGUCUCGAAGUUUGGCGAUCAUUUAAGUAAGAAUGCUCAAGAAACAGCCAUGUCGAGACCAUGGUUUGGCGAUGAACAUUUCACUGACACAUCACUAAGAAUGCUCAUGGAUGGAUUAAAAGAUAAAGGAACUAAUAAAGUUAUAGCGGUUGAUAACAUAGCCUUCAAGUCAAAAACCAAUACUACAAAACAUGCAAGGGGUCGAACGAGAGAUCGAUUAGAAGCUGCCCAGGACAACGUUAUCAACUACAAGAUCGACAGAGACAAAAAGAGUAUCGAUGAGAAAGAAGCUUCUGAGUUUCGAGCUCUGUACGCAGAGAAGUUUACACCCGUAGGCUCCCUUGAAAAACUCCGAUCGCUCGCAGACUUUAGAAUUGAAGAGAGCAUGAAAAAAGGUGAAUUCAAGUCUGCCCACAAGCUUCAUGGCAGCAAAUUGAGUACUUCUCAGCCGGCACCUUACGUCGAACGUACAGAGCAUCAUUUAAACGACAUAAUGGCGCGCCAAAAAGUAACUCCUCCUUGGAUCGACAAACAGUCAUCUGUAAAUUGUGACAUUCAGCGUCUCCGGGCCGCCUUCGCGGAGAGCUACCAUCAAGAGUUGGUAUCCGAAAUGCAUGCAAGGCACAUGUUCAAUAUCACUACACGGGAUAACACUGAAGCAAGGCUUGAAUUAGCCGCCACUGGUCUAAUGAAAUCUGCAUUUACAAAAUGGAAGACCGGAUAUAGUAACGUUGCCAAAGCCAAGAUCAAUACUUUGAAUAAUUCCAUGAGGUCUUACAACCUUCAGGCUCCACUAUCUACGCAAAAACUGUAUUUACUGGUGGACAGAGAAUUUAAAAGGGUAUUCGAGAGUACAGACGUCGUUAAAGUCUUUCAAGAUGAGAUGGCCUUGCGACAGCGAGCAAAAGAAGAAUACGAUGAUGCAAAGAAAGCUUUACGUCACGGAAGUCUCAAGUGGAUCAAGAGCUGGAGGUUGUGGUAA